AUGCCACCUGAUCCCAAGUUAUACUUACCACCAAAUGUGCCAUGGAGCGAACCUGCGUGGUAUCGUACCGGCAACUCAGUCUACCACAACGCAUCUCAUCGGAAAUUGAGGGAUAACAUCCGGAAAUAUGUCGAUGAACAUAUUCUUCCAUAUGCUCUAGAAUGGGAAGAAAAAGGCGAGGUUCCACGAUCAGCGGCACUGAGUUACUGCAAAUCUGGAAUUCCUUUCGACGACGUACCAGAAGACUUCCGACCUCAGGAUGUCCCCAACCUAGCAGGAAUCCCUCAUGGCCAAUUGGAUGCCUUCCAUUUUCUUAUUUCAACCGACGAGAUGUCACGUGUUGAAGGCGGAGUUUCUAUUGCUCUCGGCGGCGCGUCUACGAUCGGGCUGCCACCGGUACUCUAUUAUGGAACUCAUAAACAAAAGUCUCAUUGGUUUCCAGGACUAUUUUCGGGGAGUGUGAAUUUCUGCCUAGGCAUCACGGAGCCUGGUGGUGGUUCAGACGUAGCCAACAUCCAAACCACAGCUGAAAAGUCUUCAGACGGUAAGUUUUACGUUGUGAACGGUGCCAAGAAGUGGAUUACAGGUGCUCCAUGGGCAACUCAUAUGACUACUGCUGUACGAACCGGUGGUCCAGGUGCCAAAGGUAUCACAGUCCUCGAGAUCCCGCUCGAUAGCCCCGGCGUGUCUGUGAGCAAGAUCUUCAAUAGCGGACAGAACGCUGGAGGGUCUAGUUUCGUAGAUCUCGAAAAUGUCAAAGUCACCGUCGAGAAUCGGAUCGGCCCAGAGAACGAGGGCUUUGGAAUCAUCAUGAAGAACUUCAACAGAGAAAGGUAUGCACUCGCGGUCAGUUGUAAUCGAAAGAGCCGUACCUGCCUCGCUAUGUCAUUUUCAUAUGCGAUGGAGCGAAAGACCUUUGGGAAGAGGUUGAUUGAGAACCAAGUCAUACGGCGCAAACUCGCUGAAGUUGCACACCGUGUUGAAGCUCAUUGGGCUUGGCUUGAGCAGAUUGCUUUCCAAGUCAAUUCGUCUAGCGAAGGCUGGCAGGAACCAAGCAUUGCAAGUCAGAUUGCCUUGGUCAAGAUCCAAGGCGGACAGAUGGUGGAAUUGGCGUGCAGAGAAGCACAGCAAAUCUUUGGGGGCGCUGGAUAUCAAAAGGGCGGCCGUGGGGCGACGGUGGAGCAAAUUAGCCGCGACCUUCGGAUGCUAGUAGUCGGCGGCGGCAGCGAGGAGAUUCUUACAGAUCUUGCCCUCAGACAGGAGAUAGGAGCUUUCAGCAGGCAGGCAAAAAUUCCAGCAGCUGCAGAAAGGCAUAUCAAUAUCGGUUUCCAUAUCCCAGCUUGCCUCGUCUUCUUCUACUCGAAAAGCUCCAGCCUGUACGGCAUCGUGUUCAAGGCAUCCGACGACCACAAACCUCGCACCCUAUUGGACGUUCUCGCCCAAGACAAACUCGACCAUGUUAGCCGAGACCUCGACGACUGUCUCAGUUUGCCACGCCAGCUUGUCAAUAACAGUAAGGUCAACUGGCGGUUGUAUUGCCACCCCGAGCGGUACCGCACCCUGGUGAUCAAGGGUACGGACGAUGCUUCUGCACCGGCGACAUCGCACAUGCGUUAUGACGCGCUGCCAGACUUUCAUUUGAUGCUACCUCUAACGACUAGAGCGACAGACAAUAUCGACACUGUUGUACAUGCCCCCAUCUCGAACGAUGGUGACACUAUCAAACUUCUACAGCAGUCUUCAAAAUAUGAGGAUGCACAAGAUGCGGCUCAGCGCGAUGGUUCGCCAGCUCUGUCAAACCUUUUACGACACGGGUCUUGGACAAUGAAUGGACCCUUCAUAUCAGACCUUUCGUCCCCCAGCAUCGAGGCACUACGACUAUGGAACAGUUUACGAUUUGUUCGUAUGGGCUGGCUGACUGCACUUGAGGCGGUCUCCUAUAUGGACCUGUUCUUUGAGAACAUACUCCCUCUAUCACCGGUAAUGGAUGACUUUUAUAGCCACCACGACAACCAUUACAAGCUGAUAACACAAGAACCCCUCCUCUGCUGCACGAUUCUCAUGAUAUCCUCGCGCUUUCAUUGUCUGCAAGGUACUUCCAGCUGGUCAAGAAGCGUCGCUCUACACACUCGCCUUUGGGAACAUUGUGAACAUCUUGUCAAUCGAAUUAUCUUUGGCCAAGAAAAGAAGUCCAAAGCAAAAACUCGAACGCUUGGAUCAAUUCAAGCCCUCAUUCUUAUGACUGAGUGGGCGCCCCGAUCGGUUUACUUCCCGCCCAAGUCAGAUGGCUGGGAUUCCGACCUACUUUUUCAGCUUCCCGACGAACGUGACCAGUUAGAUGGAAACUCGGCAGAUGUGACGCAAGAUCUCCAAGGGAAUUGGUAUCGAGAUGUUGUAGCUCCCGCAAAGACGAUCGAUCGCAUGUCGUGGAUGCUUCUUGGUUGUGCAGUCACUCUUGGCCAUGAAAUCGGCUUGUUUACUGCAACGGGAAUGAACUCAACAGUCAACGAUACGCAACACCACAGAAUAAACCACGUCUGGCUACGCAAGGUGAUAUUUAUCGCCGAUGAACAACUAUCCAGUCGAAAUGGGCUUACAUCAGUGAUUCCUUCGAGCUUGAACUCAUCAGCCUUUGAACCCUGGAUAGGUUCUUCAUCUGCUAAGGCGGAGCAAACGCGCAAGUUUGUCAAUGGCCAACUGGCUCUCGCAGAGUUAGCUCGAUCAAUCUCGAAUACCCUGUUUUCUUCGAGAAAUACUACGCAGGAGCAUAUACAGAGCUACAAAUACGUGAGCAGCAUAGAAGAAUACCAGCAGAAACUUGCCGCAUGGCGAGAGGUAUACCUGGAUAAGCAAGUAUUAUCAUGGCACACAUACGAUCUGCUCGAAAUAGAGUACCAGUACGCUACCGUAUUUCUUCACAGUUUGGGAAUGCAGGCUGUGGUUGAUCGGUCCUGUAGAACCAAUCCUGACGAUCCGAACGCCGCAAACCGAGCCACCGGGAACUGGAUACUAAACUUCGCCACGCCGACUGACCUUCGGUUCAUCAAUACAGUAAUCCAGGGCAGCUGUGAGCUGAUGCAAAGCGCAAUACACCUAGCUGAACGCGGGUCUCUGCAGUACUGUCCUACGCGUGUUAUCACCCGCGUCAUCGGUGUUUCUGUAUUCCUUCUCAAAGCUCUUGGCCUGGGCGUUGAAAGAGCAGUUUUCAACAAGUCUUUGGACCGGCUUGAACAUGUGGUUCGGACUAUUCGCCACAGUACUUGGGACGACUUGGAUCUUGCAAAACGUUAUGCCGAUGUCUUGCAUCAUCACAUCUAUCAACUCAAGAACGGCUCUGGCACACGAGGAUCCCAUCAAGAAUCGUCUAUUGUCGAGCAGAGGCCGGGCGAUGCCUUGACUGAGCGUGGAACAAGCUACGAAAGUAGUGACAUGUUCGGUAAUAUACAUGUUUCCGAUGAUUGGCCCGACUCACUUGCCUUUCUCGAUGCUUCGUUGGCUCCAUUCGGCAUCGCCACUGAUGAAAGCUCUGGACUUGCCGGGCUGGGGGAUAGUGAUUGGAGUUUGUUAUGGAACAUUCCCUCAUUCUAUACGCCCUUGUUUCCUCCUUGA